AUGAGUAUGGCCGAACGUCAGUCUGCUAACCCUGAUGAUUUAUUUGUGAGAGCGAGGAAACUGUGAAAUGAGAAAAACUUUGUAGAUGCGGGGAGAAUUUAUCACCAAUUGCUGUUACUCUACGAGACAGCAAAACAUGAACCACUAGAGAAAGCACGUGCACUCAAUGGGUUGGGAAGUUGUCUAUAUCUCCAACAUAAAGUGAAUGACGCCGUAAAGUUUACGGAACAAUGUUUGUCUAUUGUACGAGAUAAUACACCUCAACAUGAAAACUUUCUGUCUGAUGUGCUACUCAAUAUGGGGGUGUGCCUAUACGAUCAGGGCAAGUAUGAAAGAGCAACAGAACAUUUAAGAGAGUCACUCAACAUCUAUCGUAGAUUGCCUUCUGUGAACAAAGUCUGCAUGGCAGGAAGUUGUGCUUAUUUAUCACGUUGCCUUCUUUCUCAAUGUCUAACAAAAGAAGCAGAAGAUGUGAUGAGAGAAGGUUGUAGUUUAUCUUUCAGCACGGAUGACAACAAUAGUAAAGCACGAGCUGCUAUUCUAUUGGCUUAUACAAUCCAACUAAAUGAAGGAACAGAAAAGGAAGUGAAAAAAUUGUUACAACAGGCUGAUAGAUGGACUAAAUUGAUUAAAGAAGGGGACUGGAAGGCACGUUUGUUGAGUGAUAUGAGAGAAGUACUGGUCAUAAGGGGUGACUACAAACGUGCUAAUAGGAUACUACAGGAAGCAGCAACACUACAAAGACGCUUGUUACCAACUAACCAUUGGGAGACUGGUUUAACUCUUUGUUGUAUGGCAGAGUGUCAAGUGAAACAAAACAAGCAAAUGGAUGCUUUGGCAUUGUUCCAGGAGUCAUCAGAAAUAAUCAAUAAAUCAAUGGGUGUGGAACACCCAGUAAGAGGAAGAAUUGUAUUAGGUGUUGCUCAAAUCCUUCAAGGUCAACAGAAGUGGGAAGAAGCGGAAAGCAACCUGAAGGAAAGUGUCAAUAUUUUGUGCGUGAGAGUAGGGUUACAUCCCACAACAAGUGCAGCAAUACGAGAUCUGAACUAUUGCUUACGAAUGCUAAAGAAAGAUCAAGAAGCAGUCGACAUUUUGCGACAACAUCAACGAGCUGUUUCUUAUCAUCAAGUCGAGCAUCAAGCAAGUGCUUUUCAAGAUGAUGAUUUACAAAGAGAGUUGGAGCUGCUCAGAGAAAGCAAUCGAGCCAUUCAAGUAGAGAAAUCUGCUUUACAGCAGCUAUUGGCUGAUCAAGAGACUGUAACUCGUGCCAUCAUUGAUGAGAAUGAACAGCAAGUGGGAGAAAUAGAGAGAUUGCUGCAGGUUGUUCAGCAGUGUGAUGAAGACAUCAAACAAUUGCAAACAGCAGUUCGUGAUCAGAAACAUCUUGCAGAACAGAAACAGAGAGAAGCAAAUGAUCUACAGCAGGAAAUCACGAGAAUGAAAAGUGAGUUAGAUGACAAAGAGGGACAGUUGCAACAACAAAGACAAGAAUUAAAUGAUAUGAGAAGCACAAUAGAAGAACAGAGAAGACAAAUUGAUGUUUUGAGGCACGAAGUACAACAGCAGCACACGACUAGUCAGUGUCUGGCAAGAGGCUUGCAGCGAAGUGAAAGGGCAAUGCAGCAGCUGGAGCGACUUCAACAUCAAUAUGACAGCGUUAUACAGAUCCAUGAUGACCGUUUACGCAUGACUGGAUUAAAGUUGGGAAAAGGAGGUUAUGGAGAGGUUGGUGUUGGCAUGUGGAGUGGUGUAGCAGCUGCUGUCAAGACAUUUUAUGAAGAACCGGUUUGAGUAGAUGAUCUCAAUAUUUCAUUCAUUCGACGUGAAGUGUCUGUGUCCAGUCGUGUCCAUCACCCC